AUGUCCGUCUCCAUCCCCGCCGACAUUGAUGUCUCCCUCCCCCUCUCUACGUCUGUGGUGGACGCCGAUUACACGCCUGACACCGUCCCCGGCUUUAUCAAGGACAAAGUUAUCGAAAAUGGCGUGCUCUUUGUCGACGUCGUCAAUGCGGGCGCCAAGGUUGGCACCGCUCUCGAGGACCAUGAGGCUACCGAUUGCGGCCUCAUCAAAAACCACUGGACCUUCCGUGCGCACCUCGACUUUGGUCAAGACGGUCGGGACGACCUCGGCCAGGUCAAGUUCGGCAUGGAUAUUAAGCGUUCCGUCAGCAUCGGCUCCAACGAGGGCCAAUACGCCAGGAGCAACCGCUCUGACCCUGACACCGGCUCGGACAUGGUCUACAGCCCUGUCGGCAGCUUCAGCAAGCCCCCCGCUCCCAGCAGCGACGACGGCUUUCCGGCUGCUCUCCCGCUUGUUCCUGCUACUGGCGAGGGCAGUCACGACUCGCACGACUCGCAGUCGGCUGGUGUGAGCGACGUCGAGAGCGUGGGCAAGCUGCCCGACAUCACAUCUAGUGAUGGCCUCCUUUUCCAGCAGCCCACCGAGGGUGCUCCCCAUCCUGGCGACUUCAACAUAAAGGUCCGCAGUCGUACGGAGCCCUCCCGUUCCGUCGUCGUCGUCUUCGAACUCGCCCUCGCCCCCGGCACCACUUUCGGCCAGCUUCUCAAGGCCCUUAUCGAUCGCAACAUGUUACCCUUCUUCUUCCGGAAGAUCGGCGCUCAGGCCACGGCUGCAUGGCUUCGCAAGGCCUUUUUUGUCUCCGGCGAGGCUGUCAUGGUCUUGAGUGACCCCAACGCAGAGGGCGACAUCGUGAUCGACGACAAUCAUAUUUUCAGCUUGCUGGGAUGGCGCUACACCAACCCCCUCAUCCCCAUCAACGUCCCCAGCGUCCCCGGUACCGUUGCCCUGACCAGGCGCGGUGUUGCCCGCAGCCGCAACCUUAUUGACCGCGCGGUCUGGCCUGCCAACUUCGUCCACGUCGAGGACGAGAAGCUCAAGUACAACCAGCAUAUAACCCAAGAAGACACGACGAAGGACCCAUCGGAGCGCAUCGACACUGUAUGUUUCAGCGCACCUCGGGAAGAACAAUGGCCCGCCGUCGAUGGGUUGUCACCCAUACAUCUAGAGGUCCAGGCGAACGUCGACGAGUCGAUCGACCUCAGUCCGUUGGACAAGUUCAAGCACCUAUGGACGGCUCUGCGCACCUUCAGGAUGGGCAGCGUGUGCUCGUUUGAGGAGUGGCCGGCCUUGAUCACGGCGCAGGCAGAGAGCAUUGACUUGGGCUGCUCGCAUGCGAUCCACUGGACGAGCUCAGGUGGGUUUCAAAACUUAAAGAGGCUGGAGAUCGAGGAGAACAACGCUAUCGAUAUGUUUUUGUUCGCGAUGAAGGAGAUUCCUGGCCUUCUUGGUCGAUUAGAGGUCUUACAUUUGCAAAGCACGAUUGGAUGCGAUCUCUAG